AUGCGACAGAAAACAAGAAGACGGUCCAACCGUCACAAGAAAAGCCAGUACAAGAACGUUGUCACCUUCGCCGCUGGGAACGCUCGAACCUACCUCGAUAUCAAUAUCAGGGGACGUUCUCUACGCUUCCAGCUCGACACAGGCGCAGAUAUCACGUUGGUAUCACGUCAAACGUGGAAAAAGCUCGGAUCUCCACCCUUGGAACCCUGUAUCAUGCCAGUCAAAACGGCAGAUGGAUCACCGAUGAAGACUGAUGGAACAUUCUCCACAGAAUUCUUUUUCAAAGACCGGACAACAGGGAAGAACAUCCUAGGUAAUGGAACUUGUUACGUCACCGAAGGCACGAAUCUGCUAGGACUGGAGUGGUGUAUUCAACUUCGAGCGUAUAAGGAGUUGAAAGACAAAUACCACUGCCGAAUGGUGACUAAAGAAGAAGCAAACCGAGAGGAAAUCAUCGCAGACUUGAAGAAGCAAUACGCAGAAGUGUUCAACUGUGGACUUGGCAGAUGCGUCAAGACUAGGGCGAAGUUGUCGUUGAGGGGCAACGCAGUAGCUGUUUUCAAGAAAAAGCGACCAGUGCCCUAUGCCUCUGUGCCGGAUUUGGAUGCUGAAAUUGAUCGACUGGUUGCCGAAGAAGUGAUCUCGCCAGCAGAGCAUUCAGAGUGGGCCACGCCUAUCGUUGUAGUCAAGAAGAAAAGUAGGCAAAUCCGUUUGUGCUGA